UCUAUUUAUUUUCCUUUCACAAGUUCUACACAAAACACAAAAGCACUUAACAAGAUAAGCUGUACUAAACAACAAAUUUCCAUGGAGAAAACAGUUCACAUUGCAGUUGUUCCAGGUGUUGGGCAUAGCCAUUUAGUGCCUAUUCUUCAUUUUUCCAAGCAACUUGUUCAACACCAUCCAGACUUUCAUGUCACAUGUUUCAUUCCCACACUUGGGUCUCUCUCAAGUGCCUCAAAAUCUAUCCUUGAAACUCUUCCCUCAAACAUCAACUACACUUUUCUUCCACCUUUGAACCCCAAUGACCUACCACAAGGGAGUUCUGUCAUAGAGAGCAUUCAACUCACAAUUCUUCACUCUCUACCUUAUUUAAAUCAGGCCUUGAACUCCUUAUCUUUAAGGGCUCCCCUUGUGGCCUUGGUGGUUGAUCCUUUAGCUGUUAAAGCACUAGUCUUUGCUAAGGAAUUGAAUAUGUUAUCCUAUAUAUACUCCCCUGUAUCAGCUACUACACUGUCUUUGAGCUUCUAUUUGCCUAAGUUGGAUGAGGAAACGUUAUGUGAGUUCAAAGAUCUACCAAAACCUAUAAAAUUACCAGGUUGUGUACCACUUCAUGGGAGGGAUCUCUCUACCCAUCUUCAAGAUAGAUCAAGUCAAGAUUACAAACAUUUCCUUCAAAUAGUUAAGCUUUAUGGUAUUGCGGAUGGUAUUCUUGUUAAUAGCUUCUUAGAAAUGGAAAGGGGCCCUAUAAAAGCACUUAAUGAGGGCAACCCUUCUGUUUAUCCUGUUGGACCAAUCAUCCAAACAAUAACAAGUUAUGUUGAUGCUAAAGGGUUGGAGUGUCUGUCAUGGUUGGACAAACAACAAUCUUGUUCAGUUUUGUAUGUGUCUUUUGGGAGUGGGGGUACACUUUCACAGGAACAAAUUGUUGAGCUGGCUUUGGGUUUGGAGUUGAGUAAUCAUAAGUUCUUAUGGGUAGUAAGAGCACCAAGUAGUUCAGUCAAUGCUGCAUAUCUUUCGGCACAAAAUGAUGUUGACCCUUUGCAAUUUUUACCUUCUGGGUUUUUGGAGAGAAACAAGGAGAAAGGUUUCGUGAUUCCAUCAUGGGCACCCCAAAUUCAAAUCCUUAGUCACCGAUCAAUUGGUGGGUUCUUGACUCAUUGUGGCUGGAAUUCAAUCCUCGAGAGUGUGGUGCAUGGUGUACCAAUAAUCACAUGGCCUCUAUUUGCUGAGCAGAAAAUGAAUGCGGUUUUGUUGAGUGAAGGCAUGAAAGUGGGAUUAAGGCCAAAAGUUAAUGAAAAUGACAUUGUGGAAAGGGUCGAGGUUGCUAAGGUGAUCAAGUGUCUCAUGGAAGGAGAAGAAGGCGAGAAUUUGCGCAAAAAUAUGAAGGAGUUAAAAGAAGCUGCUUCUAAUGCAGUCAAAGAAGAUGGGUCUUCUACAAAGACUAUUUCUCAAUUAGCACUCAAGUGGAAAAAGUUGGUGUAGGAAAAGAAUUGGCAAUUGAUGAGCUGGUUUGCUACUAGGAUUCAUUACUCUGCAUACCUUAUUCAAUGUCCCUCCGUCAAGUUUCAUGUAUAUAUUGCGUUGAUCCAAGACAUAAAGGAUUUGCUUUCCCAAAGUAUUGUUACUCUUAGCCACACCCUCAGACAAGGUAACAAAUUAGCUGAUUUCUUAGCCAAGCUUGGAGCGUAAUCAAAUGUUGAUCUGUCAAUAAAUGCUUCUCCACUUGAAGGCAUCGUUGAUCUUCCUUAGAGAAUGAUUUAUGUUUUCUUUUUUGUUUUUGUUUCCCUGUUUUUCUUUAUGAGCGUAAUCAAAUGAUUUAUGUUUUUCUUUUAGUUCCUUUAUAGGUCCAUAGAGUUUUGAGGAUGAAUUAUCAUAACCUGUACA